UGGCGUCCGCGCGGCUCCGGUGCCGGCUGCGCCUCGCCUUCCCCAGCGAGCGAGAAGCGAGCGAGGGCCCGCAGCGGUGCUCUCAGCCGGGCCGUUCUUGCCUCGGUCGCCGCAGCGGCGCCUGGCCUUGCCGAGACCUGCCGGAUCGCAGCGGCUGCAGCGCGCAUUUCGGCUGGGAGGAAGUUGACCGCGAGGCUGCCGCAGGAUCCCUGGAUCCGGAUCGCGCGAAGCUUGGCCGAGCCGCCUUCUGCGUGCUCUACUUUCCAUCUUGGCUAUUGUUACGGAUUGUUUUUCUGCCGGCGGUCCUUCCUCUGAAACUUACAAAGAAAGUGUUGGAUUUCCCCUUGUUUGAACUGAGGAAUUGCAGACCACCUCUGGGGAGCCGGAUCUGACCCACCCCCUGUCCCCUUAUGGUACCAAAGUGCUUACUCCACUCCAAAGUGCCAUGUCAGAACUGCUAACGGGAAGAAGGGACUCCUGAGACGUGCCCACACCUUUGCACCUGCCUUGCGUUUCCCUUUUCUUGGCCAUCUUCCCUGGCCGAAGCAGCACCAAGGAAGCCCCCUUCGCUGUCCUCCGUGGAAAUUGGUUACCCGAAGCCGGAUUUGGGGGAGGAAUAUUAGACUUAGGAGUCUGCGCGCUUUUCUCCUCCCGCGCGUCUCGGUCGCCUCUAGUUCACUGCUGGGUCGCUGAGCUCGCUUCCUCACCCCACCCACUUCCUGUGCUCGCCCGGGGGGGUGUGUGCCGCGCCGCAGCCGGAGUUCUGGGAAGUUGUGGCUGUCGAGGAUGGGGGUCUGUGGGUACCUGUUCCUGCCCUGGAAGUGCCUCGUGGUCGUGUCUCUCAGGCUGCUGUUCCUUGUACCCACAGGAGUGCCCGUGCGCAGCGGAGAUGCCACCUUCCCCAAAGCUAUGGACAACGUGACGGUCCGGCAGGGGGAGAGCGCCACCCUCAGGUGCACAAUUGAUAACCGGGUCACCCGGGUGGCCUGGCUAAACCGUAGCACCAUCCUCUACGCUGGGAAUGACAAAUGGUGCCUAGACCCACGUGUGGUCCUCCUGAGCAACACCCAAACCCAGUACAGCAUCGAAAUCCAGAACGUGGAUGUAUAUGACGAGGGCCCGUAUACCUGCUCUGUGCAGACAGACAACCACCCAAAGACCUCCAGGGUCCACCUCAUUGUGCAAGUAUCUCCUAAAAUUGUGGAGAUUUCUUCAGAUAUCUCCAUUAAUGAAGGGAACAAUAUCAGUCUCACCUGCAUAGCAACGGGUAGACCAGAGCCUACGGUUACCUGGAGACACAUCUCCCCAAAAGCUGUGGGCUUUGUGAGUGAAGACGAGUACCUGGAAAUCCAGGGCAUCACACGGGAGCAGUCGGGGGACUAUGAGUGCAGUGCCUCCAAUGAUGUGGCUGCACCAGUGGUCCGGAGAGUAAAGGUCACCGUGAACUACCCGCCGCACAUUUCAGAAGCUAAGGGGACAGGCGUCCCCGUGGGACAGAAGGGAACACUGCAGUGUGAGGCCUCAGCUGUUCCCUCUGCAGAAUUCCAGUGGUACAAGGAUGACAAAAGACUGGUUGAAGGAAAGAAGGGGGUCAAAGUGGAAAACAGACCUUUUCUCUCAAAACUCAUCUUCUUCAAUGUCUCCGAGCAUGACUAUGGGAACUACACCUGUGUGGCCUCCAAUAAGCUGGGCCACACCAAUGCCAGCAUUACGCUAUUUGAAGUGAAAACUACAGCCCUGACCCCUUGGAAAGGCCCCGGCGCGGUCAGCGAAGUGAACAACGGGACGUCGAGGAGGGCAGGCUGCAUCUGGCUGCUACCUCUUCUGGUCCUGCACCUACUCCUCAAGUUUUGAUGUGAGUGCCACUUCCCCCACUGAGGAGAAGCUGCUGCCACAGCAACCGCCCACCACAGCAAUGGCAACUCCGACAGCAACGAGAGCACCCCUGUUUCUUAUGAGCUAGAAUCAAAUGAAAUUCCGAGACACAGAGCCUAAUGGGACACAAAUUCGAGGGAGGGAACAAAGAAUACUUUGGGAAAACAUGUUUCAAAGGGAAAUUGAAAAUCGCCUUGCAGGCCUUGCAGAUCCGUAGGCACAGCUGAGUUUUCUUUCUUUGCCCAAGCGGAAAGAACGCACACCUGACUUGGGACCCACCCGCAGCUGCAUUGUGACCUGUUUGUGCGCAGGGUGGGCCGGGCUCAGCCACUCUGCCCACUAACGUGCCCCCGGCAAGGAAAAUUCUGGAGUCGGCCAUCCCAAAUUCAAUAGAGACGAACACAGAAUGAGUUGUGCAGGCCCAGAUGUGCCACUGUGGCCCCUUUCAGAGACUGUGCCACUGUUGUGUGUAUUACAAAAUGCAAAAUUAAAGGAAAAAAAAAAGAAAAAGGAAACUAAACAAGACAGUCUGACAGCUAUAACAAACCCACAAUCAACAGUCACAAAAGAUAUUAUUAAACUUUUUUUUUCUUUUUUUUUUGGUUUUCAUUUUACUACAUGGACAUCAUGGAUAAUAAGGGAUUCUGGUUCAUUAUUAAUUUUAUUAAUUAUAUUUUCUGAUAUGAGCCUAGAAUUUAGUGCAAAAACAACACAAGACUAAAAAAUACACAAAUGAAAGGGGUGAAGAGAAGUAUGUUUGUUCAACAUUAAAAAUAGUGUACUUCUUAACUAGGUUUACAACUGGUGGACCACACACCGGGCAUUAACCACCUGGUGAGGCUAUGUCAAAUCCACCAAAAAAACACAUACGAUUUAACCAACAUCUCCACCAGCGCUACAGAUUUCUCCUUAUUCUGGCGUUUAAUGCAGACAAUACUAUGCUUCUACCUGCUGUUUAGAAAUGGAAGGGUGAUCCGCACUGUAUCUUGAGUUUGUUGGCUAUGCUUCUUUUGAUGACAUAUAUUAUACAGUAUAUAUAUACAUAUAUUUUUUUUGUUAGAGUUCUAGCCAUUUUAUUUCUCAGCAGGGUCCUUUCUCAGACAUUACUGCAUGCUGUAUAUGGCGUUAGCUGUGUGUUGAUCUUCUAAAAGAUGAUAGAGUUUACUGGUAAUUGUGUAAUCAGCUCCUGCCUUUUUAUUUCCCUGGGUUAUUUACACGUCAGAGACAUUUAUAAAAAGUGAAAAGAGAAACAAAACAAAACAAAACAAACACUAAUACCAGGCGCAGCGUCUUUUCCAGGUGUGGCUCUCGGAGGGGAAGGCCCUGACCGGAGGCCUGGCUUCUCCAUCAUGCCUCGGGGCGUGAGCAAACAGCAAGUAACUGAACCAACUAAACAGUCAGUAACCACUUGCUUUAGCCCAUUAUGGGAAUCUCUGAUGCCUUUGUGACUACUGGAGAAUUGAAUCCUCUUGGUUCAUUUUAUUUAAUUCCCCACCUUUGUGUGCGUGUGUAUGAAAGAGAAGAAAAUGCAGUUUUUAGAUAACCUUUUUUUCCUCCCCCAAAGUCUGGGAACGGGAGAGGCCUCGGGGAAGGGUCCUGGAUGUGAGGGAAAGUGGGAUUGGGGGCUAGGGGAGGGAGGGGUUGUCUCUGACUUGACAUUAAAAAGUGUUCCAUGUCCCUCUUCACCUGGUGUGGUACCUCAUUCUCAAGCGGGGGGUAGGGGUGAGGGGCAAGAGAGCCUGUCUGGCUCAGGUGGGAAGAAUAUGGAGGCAAAAGUGCAUCUGACUCAAGCCACUGAUCUUUAGCUCCCUUCGUUGGGGUGGAGUUGCUUCCUUCUGUGGAUGUGCUCUGAUAACAGAUGGGUCCAGGAAACCACCUUCAUCCUCCUAACAGAAGCAAAGGAGGGGUGGCCCUCAUGAGGACUGCAUCUCCAAUGCUUUCCAGACGGUGCUGACUGAGGUUUGCAGCAUCCUGCUUGUGUCCAAACACCCCACUUCAUAACCUGAGCAAAAUGCCAAGCCCAGUUAGGGAAAGGCUUUUUUGUGUGAUUAUUUCUGGGAGGCAGCCUAGUGCAGCUAGCACAAAAAGAAAAGAUGAGGAGAAAAAAAAAAAAAAAAAGCCUGAAACAUUGAGGGUUAGUAUUAAAUAAUCCCAAAUUCUAUUAACCGGUGUUUUAGGGACUUUCUUCCCACCAUGCCUACCCCCAAAAAAACUUGCCUUUAGUCACAAAUUAGAGAAAAAAUAGAUUUUAAUACCAAAUAGUAUUCAAAUAAUUCUAAUCUGUUCUGAUUGAUUCUGGGAAUUAAAUAAGUAGCUGCAGAUUCACUGAGAGGCAGAAAUGAGGUCAGAGCCGAAACACUCAGGAAUUACCGUACCUGUGUUCUCAGGGCUCACUUCCACCCGAGAGGAAUAGGCCAUGUUUAAGAAGGAGUAGUUUUCGGUUCUGGCUGUUACUAGCAAAAUUGAGGAACGAUUGUUGGCUUCAGACCUCUCUGUGUUCUUUUGAUAGUCCAUCCUCACCACCAGGGGCCAGCUUCCCCACUUCUUCUGACAGCAUGAUCUGCAGCAUCCGCCCAAACCUCACAGAAAUUUGGCUGCUUUGGAGUCACCCCUUCCUUGUAUCCCAGAAUUGCUAAAGGCGUGGGAUUUGAGUGUCCUUAGACUGAAAGUGGAUGGGUCAGAUUUACCAGUUCUCCCUUGGCUAAAACUACUGUAGGCACUGGCGAGAAGAUUUGUGUGCAGGUCAUGGUGUUCAGGACAUUAACGUGGACACUGGUAGCUCCUGUAUUGCUAAAUUUGAGCCCAGACACCUCUGAGAAAAAUGUACCAAGGCAUCUGCAACUUCCUAGAGUUUGCUGGUCUAUGGGAGCAUGGAGACACAUGACCUCCAUUUGAAUCAGAGCUUUCUCUUUCAUACUUAACUGAAUAUGCUUUGAUCACACCUCCUCCAUCCUCCCAGGAGGGACUGGUCAAUGAUGACCAACUCUAUAAAAUGGCAUUGAUGGGGAAGACUUUAAUUUACCUAUUUGAGAAUUCAAUAGCCCUUCUUGCCUAGUGGUUCUUUAGAAUGCUGGUUAUUCAAGAGCACGGGCCUUGUACAAGCAGCUUUGGGCAUGACUGACGGGUUCAGCAGGUAGGAGAACCUCCUAUCCUGUCACAGGAGGGAGCUCCUCUCAUCUUCGGCUUCUUGUGCCAUAUGAGUCCCAAUCUGCUCAAUUUCACUCUUUAAAGGGAGUAGGCGUGUGCUCACAAGAAAGGACCUUUAUUUAACCAGAUGCCCUGUUUAACCCAAGGAGACAUGGCUAUGAUUUAGGAGCUUAUAGAGACAAUUCUCAGGCCUGUCUCUUUUCAGGAAAAGGAGCAUGGCUAGAGAGUUCUUGUUCACUAAAGAAAAACAUCCUGAAUAGUGUCUGAAGUUAUCUUUCUUGGUACAGGUACUGAUGCAAGACCAUUCCCACAUGCUGGCCUGGAUUUCAGGUGUACUGGACUCUUUGAGAUUCAAGUCUACUUUAGGAUUCAUCCAGCACCACCCCCCCCAACUUUAGGAUAUCUUUUGAGAGAGCCAUGAUUUAGGUCUUAUCCCAUAUUUAGGUUUUAUCCCAUAAUAGUCUCUCCUGUGAUUAGAAGGUAUGGGGGUGGGGCCUGUUCUAGCCCUAAUCACUCUGAGCGAAUUCCUAAAGAACCCCAUUCAUCUUGUUUCAACAGAAUAUCUAUCUGUUCUUUUCUAGCCAAACAGAUGUGCAAUGGCUCACAAGUUGUAGUUAAGUCUUUCUCCAUAAUUCUUCUGCAUGGUGGGUUCAGAUGUCUCACCUGAAGCAUAAUGAGUACUUGUCCAAGGACGGCCUUCUGAUGAGUGUAACUUGCAAAUCUGGAACUAUAAUCACAGCUGAUGAUCCACAAAUGUUUGUUUUUGUUGCUGUGGAUGGUGAUAAUGAUGAUGAUGAUGAAUGACGGUUAUUGUUCUUCAAGCUGGAGAUAAGUUAGCAAAUGAAUUAGCACUAAAAUGGGACUGAGAUUAAGCACAUUUCACUAGACUGACCUAUCUUUAUUGUAUAUCUCGGUUUAGAAGGGAGGGCACUCAUACCAUUCAAUCACAGAAACAUCCCUUUAAUGUGUGCAUUUGAUUUUUUUUUAAAAAUGUAAAAUCCGGGAUCAGCAAAACAGCCACCAUUUUUUAUGCUUACAAUGGUACAAAUUUGAGAUACUUCUCAGGACAGGAGAAAAAUCUAUGCAAAAGGAGAGAUAUGGCAUAGUAGAUGGUCCCUGCUCAUGAUGAAACACCUUGUGUUUCUAUGGCCAAGUGUAUAUGAACAUACCGGCCAUUUACUCUUUAUCAGAUAAGCAACUUAAAAGAGCUAAGAUUAGUGGUAUCUGAAAGAGACACUAAAUAAUACUUCUUUCCAGCAUUUAAAAAAAAAAAAAAAAAAAAGGUAAACUAAAUCCCAGAUCUAAUGUGGUUCACAACUUGCUCACUGGGAUUUGAUUUUAUAGUUAGCGUCUCUUUUAUCUUCACAAACUGCUCAAUCAGGUCAUUCUAAAGCAUCAAUCCUUACCUCUCUCUGCUUUUAAUUCAGACAUUAUUUCCAUGAGUGUCCAAUUCUAUCUUUCUCCAAGGCAAUAAAUGCAAAUGAAUAUGCCCAUGAUUUGUGAGUAAAUGAGAUCUCUGAGUCUCUGCAUCUUCAUUCUAAUUUUUCGGUCCCUCACAACUUCCAAUCUCUUCCAUCUUAUCCACAUUAUGUGACUAGAACAACAGAGCUUUCUACAGCAGACUGUUCAAUUCCUGAACUCAAGAUAUGAUCACUUGUUAUAAUUUAUGUCUGGAGCGUGUUGGUGCAUUAUUUUUUAUGAAGGAGGCUUAGUUUGGCUUUCAUUUUCUGAAUGUUGAUCUUACUCCCAUCCAAGCUUCCAUGUAACUUAGACAUUGCUUCUGACACAUUGUUAAGGUACAUGCAUUUAUUUCUGUACUUCAGGGAUUGUUAGUAUUAUUAGAAAAUGAAUUAUACCUCUGCCAUCAAAUAUCUAUUUGAUUAAAACUUCCUAGAAAUGUAAGUUGGCUAUGGCCAUAGCCUUUAUGUGGUUCCCAGUGACUCUGAUUGUAGAAUUUCUAAGUAUCAGCACAGUAUUUUGGAUACAAAACUGAACUGCUGAUCAGCAGAACUAAGAACUAGUCCAGAGUCUAUUAUUAGCUAGUUCAGUUCUCUUUAUCUUUUGUAUAAGGCUUUAUGAUAGAGGAUUACUAAUCAUUUUUAAUUUUUAAAAUUCAACCAUGUAAUUUCAGACUUUAUAAGAUUUCUGCAAGUAAAACUUCAGAAAGUUGUGUUUUUGAUAAACGACAAUGGAAGGUGUGAAUUGGGGUGAGUUCUAGAGCCAAUGCAUCGUCCUUGUUCCUAGAAUGGCUUACAAGAAGGGGACAUGCAGGAUCAAAGCUGCCAUUUCUACAUAUUUUUAAAGUGACUCCUGGAGAAUUUGAGGGAUGGACACUGGAGCACCUGGAAAGUAGUGUUGUCAAUAAAAGACAGAGGCUUUUUCUAGAACAAGAAAUUAUGCUAGCCCCAAGCUGCUGUUCAGUUUUGCUCUCUAUAUGACACAGGUAAAACAAGAGGAUAAAUUGUGAUACAUAUUCCAGUCUAGGGAAGUAAAAGAUAUGGGGGCUAGACAAAAUACUCAGAGUUCUCACUAGGAGCAUAUGUGUGCACGCAUAUGCACACAUGCUUUUAUGUGCACGUGUGUGGGGAAGUAUGUACUGUAAUUAUUAAAUUACAUAAUCCUUCAAAGUAGAUUACCCCUGUUAUUCUCAAGAUUCAUCUUUAAAAUAAUGGGAUAGAAUGAUGAGAGGUCUCCAGAUAAGAUGUUUAAUAAUUAUAUCACAUCAUCCUGAUAAGUGUUCUUUUCAAGAGUCCAGAAAUGUUCGUGCAGGUCUCAUUUGACAUAUUCGUGUAUUGUUGGUUCAAUUCUAAGUUCACUGAGUGCCCCUCACCUUUCAUCUUGCCCCUAGACUCUGUGAAGAGCAUGAGGAUAUAAGAGGCAGUGGGCAAGGAUUAGACUGAGUUUGGUAUUGGAAACUGCUUGAUCUCUGGUCCCUUUUUCCAAAUGUGUGUUCCUGGCUACUCUCCAAAGCUUCAGUUUCUUCUGAAGGUUCAUUUGCAAGGUUGAUGGAAGGAUCAGGUGGAACCCUCAAGCCAUAUCUUCUGCACUCGUGAGAACUGCAAAGGGAAGAAAAGCACAAGCCAUAGAGCACACACGUGG